AUGCCCGCAGAAGUGCUCAUUCACUAUUCUCGGCAAAAGAAAUUCGUGGUCGGUCGACUUUUUGGAUGGGUACUGAUUUUGGCGACUUUUGCGACACUGAUUUCUUUGUCGGGAGUGAUCAUUGCUCAAAGCCCGCCGUGUUUGGACUUUUGGGAAAAAUCACCGAUUUAUCAGAUUUAUCCCAGAUCUUUCAAGGAUUGCGACCCAGACCUCAAUCAAGACCGCGAAGAUGACAUUUGCGGCGACGGAAUUGGCGACAUCCCGGGCAUCAUCGAAAAGCUCGACUAUCUCAAAGACGACCUUGGCAUUUCCGUCGUCUGGGUUUCACCGAUUUUCAUGAGCCCAAUGCAGGACUUUGGCUACGAUGUUUCCGACUAUCGCCAGCCGGAUCCAGUCUUUGGAAAUAUGAAGGAUUUGCAAUUGUUGAUCAGCGAGAUGCAUAAUCGAGGGAUGAAGUUGGUCUUGGAUUUUGUCCCGAAUCAUACCUCUGUCGAACACGCCAAGUUCCAGAAUGUUUCAGAAGCAGCAAAUUUCUACGUGUGGCGAGACGGCGACAAGCCCAAAACUGCAAAAUGGUCGAAUCGGAGUCCGGUGCCCAAGUCCCCGACGCCGCCAACUGCGCCUGCUCCAACGUCGAUAUCAAGGAAGAAACGCCCGCUUGCCCGAACAACUGGCAAUCCAUUUUCGCCGUCAACGACAAGGGCGACCUGCCCGCCUGGACCUUCCACCCCGAAGUUGGAAAAUAUUACUACCGCGGAUUCGGCUGGUUCCAAGCUGAUUUGA